GGAACAAACAUGGCUGCGCCCAUGGUUAACGAAAUUGACAUGCAAUGAAGUAGGUAAUGUUGCCAUUUUGGAUUGAUCUAUCGAUGAACUCCGCUGGGUAUUGUUGGUGUUAAUAUCUACACAAUAUGGUCCAUAGCUGCAACUUAUUUGGCUGUAAGAAGUAGCAGACAGAAUGAGAAAUCUUGAGCUUCUGACCUAUAGACACCUGGACGCUGGCCAGGAUUUCCAGGGGUCACAAUGUAUUUGUAUCGACUAUGACUCUGGAAAUAUAUACACUGCAUCACCAAACUGCAUUGUUGGCCUGUGUCCACAAAGUGAACAAGUUAUAGGAGUUGUAAAACUUGACCAGUGUGACGAACUGCCUCCAGAUGGCGUCAACAGAAUCGUGGGAAUGGAAUUCCUUGCUGACCAGCAGUCUGUAUGUGUUGCCACAGAUACUGGAGGUGUUCUGUUGUGGAAUGUUUCAUCUGGACAGGUUGAGAGUGUAGGGGAUGUCAGCAGUGGUAUCAGAGCCAUGUCAUGGAGCCCUGACCAGGAGAUGUUGAUUCUAGCUACCGGACAGGACACAUUAAUUAUGAUGACCAGGGAGUUUGACCCAAUCAAUGAAAAAUCUCUUCACCCUGAUAAUUUCGGGGCAGCACAAUUUGUCAAUGUUGGCUGGGGAAAGAAGGAAACUCAAUUCCAUGGUUCCAUUGGAAAGGAAGCAGCAAAGCAGAAGAAAGAGGAAGUUCACGCAGCACUUCCCUGGGAUGACAAACAGCCAAGAAUCAGCUGGCGUGGUGAUGGACAGUGUUUUGUCGUCAGUUCAAUUUGUCCCAUUACAUCUACCAGAAAGCUGAGGGUGUGGAGCCGGGAGUUUGAGCACCAAUCAACCAGUGAAAAUGUGGACGGCGUCGAACAGGCUCUAGCCUGGAAACCAUCCGGAAGUCUUAUUGCUUCUACACAGAGGCGGCCAAAUAAACACGAUGUAGUAUUUUUUGAAAAGAAUGGACUACGACAUGGAGAAUUUUCUCUGCCUUUUGGUGUCAAAGAUGUGAAGGUUAGAGAGCUACUAUGGAAUACAGAUUCUACUGUGUUAGCUGUCUGGUGUGAAGAUCUGGUACAGGAGGGGUCAGAAGUUACCCCCAAGUCAUACAUUCAGUUAUGGAGUGUGGGUAACUACCACUGGUACCUGAAACAAAGCAUUAAAUUUGAUGAGGACAGAGUUUCUUCCCUUACCUGGGACCCAGAACAUGCAUAUCGUCUCCAUGUAUUAUGUCACAAUGGGAAAUAUUUGCAGUAUACAUGGCACUGGGCCACCCAUAUGAGUAAUGGUGCCCUUGUUGCUGUCAUUGAUGGAAGUAAAUUGUUGAUGACACCAACUCGACAAAUGGUUGUGCCUCCGCCAAUGUCAGCCUAUUAUCUACAAUUACCAACCUCGGUGAAUUUUGUAUCAUUUUGUUACCAUGGAAAUACUGAUGAUACUCUAUUGUUGUUGGAUGAUGGAAGAGUUGCUGUCUACACUUUUGACAACUCGGAAACAAAAGACGACAGUGUCAAAUUGGAUGGGGCAGGAGGGAACAGUUUUAAGACAUGCUGUUCAACUCCCAGGCUUACAGGCAUUUAUAACAUAACAGGGUUGCCUCCAAUAUCACGACUGUCAAAGCUGGUUCUCCAUGUGGUCUGGUACAACUCGGAUCUGGUUCUUUUUUGUUGUGUGGAUGCUCAAAGAUCCCAGCAUUCUACUCUGUACUCCUGUAAAUUUGAUGGUGAAAAUCUGCUGGUCAGGUCCCAGGUGGAGGUUGAUGGUGCAGUGUAUAAUAUGUGCUGUGAUAGGGAGUCAGAAGACUCUGUAUUAGCCAUACAACUAACGGAUGGCUACAUCUUGAAAUAUGAUAUUGGGACUGAAAUGGUUAUUCCAUGGGAAUUGAGUGGUGGAGAGGAGUUAUCAUUCCCAAUACCUUGCCAACAGAUGGCACUAUGUACAAUAGGAGAACAGAAAGUUGUGCUGGGACUAACAAAUAGAUACCGAUUUUAUGUUAACAACACAGAGGUUGCCUCAAAUUGUACCUCAUUUGCUGUUCAUAAAGAGUUCUUGCUGUUAACGACACUGACUCACACUGUCCGGUGUAUUUGUAGAAAAACCAAACUGGAAGUCUUACCAUCAUUGUCUGAUGGGAAGGCCCAUCCUUUCGAUGAGAGUAUUCGGCGAGUGGAACGUGGAUCUCGAAUCGUGGCAGUGGUUCCAGAUGACACGAAGCUGAUCCUCCAGAUGCCGAGGGGAAACCUGGAAACGAUUCAUCCUCGGGCCCUGGUUCUGUCAGCUGUCAGAAAGAAUUUAGACGAGUUAAAAUUCUUAGACGCCAUGACAGCAAUGAGAAGACAUAGAAUCAACGUGAAUCUGAUUUACGACCAUAAUCCUCACAACUUCCUCCUUAAUGUCCGACUCUUCGUUCAGCAGAUAAACAGUGUCAGUCACAUCAACCUCUUUCUGACAGAUCUGCAGGAGGAAGAUGUGACUAGAACGAUGUACACAGCUGCCUAUAACCGGUCUCCACUGGUCGAGGAAUCAGAACAACCCAACAAAGUGGACACAGUCUGUGAUGCGCUGAGACAGUCUCUCAUUCAGGAGGAUGAAUACAAGUACAUUUUAAGCAUUCUGACAUCUUAUGCGAAGAAAACAACCCCGGAGUUGGAGGAGGCACUUCUUCUGGUCCGAUCUCUGAGAGACAACCCUAGUCAGAACGCAGUGGUCAGUCCAGCAGAGGCUCUGAAGUAUAUCCUGUUUCUGGUGGACGUUAACGAAAUGUUCGAUGUGGCACUCGGAACCUACGAUUUCGACUUGGUGCUCAUGGUGGCUGAGAAAUCACAGAAGGAUCCAAAAGAAUAUAUACCAUUCCUGAAUAGUCUGCGGCGACUGGAGGGGUCCUACCAACACUAUGCAAUUGAUAAGCACCUGAAGAGAUACUCAAGAGCUCUGAAUAAUAUCAGUAAAUGUCCAGAACAUUUUGAUGAGUGUUUGACUUUGGUCAGUGACCACAAGUUGUUUAAAGAGGCUUUGUCCCUUUUUAAGCUUGGAUCACAAAAAUACAAGGAGAUUGCAAAGCUGUAUGGAGAACAUUUGAUUGGAAAGAAGAGACAUGAGGAGGCGGGGCUUGUAUAUGUGAAGGCUGAAGAAUGGGAGCUGGCUCUGAAUGCAUUCAUGCUGUCCUGUAACUGGAGACAAGUUUUCUGUAUGACUGCAAAGUUAAAGUUUAACAAAGAAAAUGAAGUUGACUUGGCACGGAAAUUAGCCAAUCAACUACAGAGUGAUAAGAGGUGUACGGAGGCAGCUGUAGUGCUGGAGGAGUAUGCCAGCGACACAGAGGAGGCCAUUGUUUGUCUUAUUGAGGGCAGUCAGUGGGAGGAGGCCCUCAGAAGGAUGUAUAAACAUAACAGAACAGAUUUCAUUGAAACUAACUUGAAGCCAGCCAUGAUGGAGAGCUAUGAAGGUCAAAUGGAAUCUCUUGAGACAAUGAGGGGAGACUUUGAUAAAUAUAGGAAGAGGUUAAAGGUUGUGAGGGAAGAGAAAGAAAGGUCAAGACUGGAGUUUCUAGAGAGUGGGGGCAUGAAUGAUGCAGAUGCGGACUUAUUUUCUGAUACCAGCAGUGCCACAGGGGAGAGUAUCCAGUCAUCUAAGUAUUCCGGCUCACAGUCAUCAACCUUCACCAAGUCCACAGGUCGUUCAUCAAGAAACAGAAGAAAGGCAGAGCAGAAAAAGUGGAGGCUGAAAGAAGGGAGUCCUUAUGAGGACUUCGCCUUAAUUGCAGCUCUGUCCAAAAUUAUAACGGCAGUUGAUAUUAUGAGAGAUGAGGUGAAUGGAUUAGUGAAAGUCUUAGUUCAGUUUAAUUUUGACCAUGAGGCUAGCAAACUGCAGCAGACGUUUGGGAGUUUCUUGAGGGUGAUUGACAUAUCGAUUCCUUCAAUAUGGUUGGAUGAAUCUGAGGAAGGGGAGGAGUCAGUGGUACUUGGCCCUCAUGCCACAGCCAACACCAUUGCUCAAGCAAUACAGAGAGGACAAAGCCUAUCAACAAAAGAAAAACUAGAUCCUGUGAUUAAGAAUGCACCUACUUUACACAAAGACAUCAAAUGGAAAUUAAGUUUGCUAGAGGAAGACAAAUUAUGACUUAAAUUGCCAGCAUCUUAAAAUUAAAAAUCUUGUAUGGGUGUUGUGGCUGUAUAUUUAUACUUUGACCAAUGAAGUUGUACAUGG